GUUAUCGAAUUUGGGCUCAUAAUGGAGCAAGAAGCUCAAUCGUUCUUCGAUUCGGCCCCGCCUCUCCGAUGGACGAUGUGGUCGCGAGCGUGAAUCGCUUCUUGGAUAUCUGGAAGGCGGCAUCGGCCAUCGGCCAAGGUUUAUCCUUACUAGCAUUUCUCAUAUUUUGGAGCCGAAUCGCGUGAUUCUAGAGGAGGCGCAUUGCCGUUGUUACAUCCGGGGGCACGACCGUGCCCUUGGAGCGACGAUGCGUUAGGGUCAUUGACAAUUUCAGCUCGGGGAGUCGAUCGGGAGUCGAUGAGCAGCCUCCACAGAGUACUUUUGGCUGCAUGCAAGAAUGUCUCGAGCCUGUGGAUGGAUCAAUCCGGGUACGAGAAAAAUGGUUUGAUGUUGUGACUCGGGCAGUCACAGGACAUCAUUCUGCGGUGCUCCAGAAGAAGCUGUUGAAGCUCGAGUUCACUACGCUCUUCGAGUACCUCCAAAUUUUAGAGAUUGUUGGAGCUGCCAUGAAACCAGUUGGCAGGCAUGCUAUGUUUUACUUUGCAGCGGCUGUCUCUGACUUCUACAUCCCUUGGAACUCCAUGGUAAGAACUUCUCGUCUUCUCUUGUUUUGUUUUCGGUGGAAAUCUCAAAAAUAAUCUUCUCUAA